AUGUCCUUUGAAAAAGUAAUUGAAGUAGCUCAAAAUGAUCCAUUUCUGAAGUUGAAUCAUACAUGCUUAAGAGUCAAAGAUCCAAAAAUUAGUGUUUCCUUCUAUGAAGAAAAAUUUGGGAUGAAACUAUUAAAUCGUAAGGAUUUCCCUGACAUGAAAUUUUCUCUAUAUUUCCUUACUUUCACAAAUGACAACAACAAUAAUAAGAAAAUAAUUCCAAAGGAUGGCAACGGUAACCUAAAUCCUUUCUCCAUCCAAGGUACUUUGGAACUCACCCAUAACUGGGGUACUGAAUCAGAUCCUGAUUAUAAAGUUAAUAACGGCAAUAUCGAACCAUAUCGUGGCUACGGUCAUGUUGCAUUCACUACAAACGAUAUUGAAAGCGAAUGCAAAAGAUUAGAAUCCAUUGGCGUGGACUUUAAAAAGAAAUUGACUGAUGGUAGACAGAAAAAUAUCGCCUUUGUCUUAGAUCCCGAUGGAUACUGGAUUGAAUUAGUUCAGUACGAUACAUCCAAUGCUUCUAAUAAAGAUCUUACCGGAUAUAGAUUUAACCACACUAUGAUCAGAGUCAAAGAUCCAGUCAAAUCUGUCAAUUUUUAUGAAAACGUUCUUGGUAUGACCACUCUUAUGAAAAGUGAACAUGCAAAUGCCAAAUUUACUAAUUAUUUCUUAGGAUAUCAUAAGCCAACGGACGACAGAUUAUCUUUGGAAGGUAUCAUAGAACUAACACAUAAUUGGGGCACUGAAAAUGAUGAAGAUUUCCAUUAUCAUAACGGUAAUGAUAAACCUCAAGGGUAUGGUCACAUCUGUAUCAGUUUGAAAAACCCUGCUGAGUUAUGUAAAGCCAUUGAAGAGACUUAUGGUGACGAAAUUACAUGGGCUCCAAAAUGGAAUCAAGGUAAAAUGAAGAAUUUGGCUUUCUUAAGGGAUCCUGAUGGAUAUUCCAUUGAAGUUGUUCCGGAGGAUUUGAUUUUAUAG